AUGCCAUUAGUCAAUUCGGCUCAAAUUGAACGUAAAAAUGUGAAAAAAUGGACAGUCAUCUUUUUGAUAAUAGGUGUCUACAUGUUUUCGAUCGGUGCGUUCAUGGAAUGGGGUCUUACCUGGACAGUGAAAACCAUAGUCAAAAGUCAACUGUACAUUAGUAAAGGUUUCAGUCCAGUCAGAUAUGGUAUAGAGUGGUCAGGCGGUCGUAUACCUGAGUUUGUUGGCGUAUAUAUCAAGUUCUAUAUAUUUACUAUUGACAAUCCCCGACAGUUUAGUCAGGGUGCUAAACCUAAGCUCCGGGAAUUGGGACCUAUAAGAACAGAAGUUAAAAUUGACGACUGGGGUCCCAAUGAGGAAACGGUAAUAUUUGCUGCUAAAACUCAAUACAACUACGAACCCGACCGGAGCAUCGGUAGCUUAUCCGAUAACAUUACAAUUAUUAACCUACCUAUAGCGGGUGCUGUAGUCAAAAACUAUCUGGACCGUUUUCCAAUGUCCACACUGUCGGUGCCCGUAGCAGUCGGUGCACUCAAUCUGAUAACAUUAACCCACGGCGAAGGUCUAAUGAAAAACAUAACUGUUGGCCAAGUGUUUACUGGCUAUCCGUUUAGUGUAUUGGAAACGUUGGAUAUAUUUGUGAAACCGUUGCGAUGGUUUGGUUUCGAAUUACCCGAAAUCUACGAAAAAUUGGACAACAAAAUCGGUUUGUUUCAUAUGAUUAACAAUACAUGGCUUCGGCCAUUGGAAGUAGAAACUGGCCAACACGGUACACUCAUUGGUAUGCCGUCAAUCAAAUCGUGGCGCCAUCAGUAUGCCUUUAUCGAAAUGGCCUGGCAGGUUGGCAUAAGAUUUAUAAAAUAUUUUAUGCAUCCCGAUUGUAAAAUAUUGAGUGCCAUACCUGUCAUACGGGAUACGUCAUACACCAUAGAUGACUUCGGUAAUGGCCACUCAUUUGGUCCCGGAGCCACCAAAUCGGAUAAGAUUUUUAUUUUUGAUGGCAAUGUUUGCAGCAUACGAUACGCCAAAUACCAGAGCUGGGCACUGUCGUGGAUGACUCCGAUGUGGCGAUUUGUACCGCACCCGCAGCUAAUGUCGGCUCCCAAAGCCGGCAAACGUAACGAUCACUGUCUGUGUAUGACAUCGGACAAUACACGACUGUGCAAUGGUCUCGUAUCGUUGAGCGCCUGUACCUUUUCGCCGAUAGCUAUAACACAACCGCAUUUUCUCAAUGCCGACCCAAUCAUUCAGCAAAGUGUGCGCGGAUUGACACCCGUUUAUGAUAAGCACCGGACUUAUCUAGAUAUACAUCCGACUAUAGGUAUGCCUGUCGAUGCCAGGGUCAGGUUGCAGGUGAAUCUGCUUGUGGAACCGUUAUCUCAAUUAAUCGAUAAGGUAUUUCCGUUUGCAAACAAAAAGACUGGUUAUUAUAUGCGCAAUGCUAUCGGCGGCGUCGGCCGCCAGUGGUCACCGCCGCCGGCCUACUCGCCCGAUGAUCAUUACUAUGUAAAACGGUCGCACUUCGGUACACAAACCUCUCCAUUGGUCAAUAGUCGUCCGUCGAGUACUAGUUCUACUACUAAUCCUAAAAGAUUUGAUCCCAAACCUCCCGGUUCUCUAGAAUAG